UGUGCUACGGGGCGCAGAUGUCUUUUCGAAUCCGUUGGUCAAAUCUUCGCGCAGUGGGAAAGUUGGGAAUUUCCAUUCUUGCCCUCCAAUCUCGUAUUGACUGUUGAGAACAGAUCUUCAUAGAAGUUUGAAUUACCUUCAUGAAGUGAGGCAGCAAAAUUGCCGUCGCGCGCUCAUAUUUUUUGAUUUCCUAACCAGCCAACUCGCGAAGUCACUAUGAGACGAAUAACGCAAACUGCAUUCUGCGUGGGAUUAGUCGUUCGUUUUUUGUUGUUUUUCUUUCUUUUUGCUUCGAAUUCGUCCGCUGUCGUCGCUGCAGAUGAUGACCUAUCUAUUGUUGUUGCUCACCCAACCACGUUGCAGCUAUCAUCUGGCUUUCCUGUAAAAGAUUCACCAGGUUCCAAACCAAGCAUGUCAAUGGUUUGUAAUAGGGUUCACAUCCGUGGCCUUUCGAGGCUUAAAAGCCUUAGGAAGUAUGCCCAUUCAUUGAAAGUAAUUGUGAAAGUUAUUCAGACAGGAUCAGGGAUUCGUCUUCAAAAUGUUGAGGUUUGUUUCCACAGGAAUAUGUCUCUUGGGAUAGGGAUGUGCCCUCAAGGCAACUGGGAGAAACUUGUUAAGGGUUCAUGGGUUCGAUCUAUGUCUCCUUAUGACAGCAAGCUUCUAGACAUACGGAUGCCUGGUCUGACCUCUGAAAUCUUUGAGGUAUCCACUGAAGAAGAGUUUUUGUCAUAUCGCAUCUUUUUUUUAGUCAUUGGAGUAAUCCUGAUAACAUUGGCACCUGAGUUUGGCAACUCCUUAGUUUUCUAUUAUAGCAGUGCGAUGACCGUUGGCAUUAUCCUUGUGGUACUGAUGGUCCUUUUUCAGGGCAUGAAGCUGCUCCCUACUGGUCGAAAAAAUUCACUUGCAAUUUUUUUAUUUUCUUCUAUUGUUGGCAUAGGAUCUUUUUUUAUAAGCUAUUUGCUAGGCUUGGUGCAUUCACUACUUAUAGAGAUGGGAUUCCAUGAAGACAUGUACAAUCCUUUGGCAAUAUUCUUGCUGGUUUGUGUUGCCUUGGCUGGAGCUUGGUUGGGGUUCUGGGUUGUCCGUAAAUUGGUUGUAACAGAAGAUGGAUCAGUUGAUAAAAGUAUAGCUCGUUUUGUCACAUACAGUAUCUGGGUUUUUGCUGCUGUCAUGAUCCUUCAGAGUUCUUUGGACCCCCUUUUGGCAGCAGUGGCAUUGGUAGCCGGAAUACUGAUCUCAUUACUACUGAGGAGGGUUACAAAGUUGAGAUCUUCACGUCACCGGCACAAUAUUUUCAGGCAUUCAUCCAGACUGGCAAAGCACAACCGUAGAAAACUCCCAAACCAAGAUUUCCCCACUGAAGAGUCAGAUGAUGAAUAUCAACACAAGAUUCGAAUGUUAGGAGAGUCGGAAUUAUUUGGAACUGAAACUAGACCCUUCAGACUGUCUUCCUGCAAUUCUUCCCGAGGUCUAGCCAAGACACCACCUUGUCGGUCAUUGGAUUCAGAGACCUACUAUUCUACUUAUCACAAGACACCUGAAAGGAAAGAAUUCUCGAAAGACGAAUGGGACAAGUUCACCAGAGAGUCCACAAAGAAAGCUUUGGAGGAUUUGUUCUCUUCUCCUGACUUCAACAAAUUUGCUGUAGCCAAUGCUGAAAGGAUAACUUUGGCCCCACCGAAAGACCACAGAAGUACUUCCAAGCAGCAAGGGAGAUGGUUCAUUUGAUUCUAGGAAUAGAUAUAACUUUAUGUAAUCAUAACUGUUUCAAUUCCAAUUUGGUAGAAAAAUGAGGGCGGUAUCUAACAUCAAUCAAAUUGUAAUGUCCUUUCUCUUUUUGUACAAAAACACGUCCUCAAAAAAAUAUGCUGCACCUGUAAUGAGUUCAUCAUCAUUUAUAACGUAUGGUCUCCCGGUCA